UUAUAUUCGCGAUGUCUGCUGAAGAAGUUACGGGUUCGUUGCCAGGAAAGAAACUACGUUUCAGAUCAACAGCAAACAUUCAUUACCAUAAUGAAAACAAGGUGGAAGGCACUUUAUGGAAUGCAGACCUUAGAGAUGAUAGGACACGAGAAAGUGAAGAGGUGAACAAGAAUAAUGGUGGGGCAGAAUCAGACACUGUGGGACAGCCAUCGCUGUUAACAUUUCUUGGUGUUGAACUGACCCGUGGUUAUAUGCUGGAACAUGAUGAAGAGCGGUAUUCAGCUCGAAGAGAGAAAGUGUAUUCCUUCAUGAAAAUUCCACGUGAAGUUGAAAAAUUCAUGGCAUAUGGUUUCUUUCAGUGUGCAGACUCUUUUCUGUUUGUGUACACCUUCCUACCAAUGAGAUUUGUUUUGGCACUUUGGGCAGUGAUUAGUCGACCGAUUCUGGAAUGUUUUGGGAUGCAGAAAUCCAAGUCAAAGAGUGUCUUAAAACCAGCAGAGAUCUGUGACCUGUUGAAGGCCUGCAUCCUGUUAGCUUGCAGCAUGAUGAUGUCUUACAUUGAUACAUCCAUGAUGUACCAUUUGAUCAAGAGCCAGUCCGUUAUUAAGCUGUACAUCUUUUACAAUAUGCUUGAGGUAGGCGAUCGGUUGUUCUCUGCAUUUGGACAGGACACAAUAGAUGCUCUGUUCUGGACAGCUACAGAACCGCGAGAUAACAGAAGAGAGCAUCUUGGAGUAAUUCCGCAUCUGUUCUUUGCUGUUACAUAUGUCUUCUUGCACAGCGUAUUGGUGCUUUUUCAAGCAACGACUCUAAAUGUUGCUAUCAAUUCGAACAAUAAAGCCCUGUUAACUAUCAUGAUGUCCAACAAUUUUGUAGAGCUGAAAGGAAGUGUGUUCAAGAAAUUUGACAAGAAUAACUUAUUCCAAGUGUCAUGCAGCGAUGUGAGGGAACGUUUCCAUCUGUUCGUGUUGCUCUUCAUUGUGGUGUUGCAGACCAUGAAGGAAUACUCGUGGAAGGAAGAGAGGUUCUGGGUUUUGAUACCAGACUGCCUGAUGGUGCUGUUUGCUGAAGUGUUAGUGGAUUGGAUCAAACAUGCCUUCAUUACACGUUUCAAUGAGUUACCAGUGGAUGUAUAUUGUGACUAUACCAUCAGUCUGGCUUACGACAUGGCCCAGACGCGACAGAAACAUGCAUUUUCUGACCAUUCUGAUCUGGUAGCACGUCGCAUGGGAUUCAUACCACUUCCUUUGGGCGUGGUGAUGGUGCGGGUGCUGUGCCAUGCGUUGCAUCUGGACGGACCUGCAGCUAUAGUUCUGCUCAUUAUCUCGUAUCUGUGUCUUGCUUCAUUCCGCAUCCUCAACAGCGUGGUGAUACUUGGCAAGGCAUGCGAUCUCAUUUCUCAGCACCAGCAAGACAAGGCUGCAGCUGCUGCAAGUCCUGCAUGGAGCCGUGCUACAAGUCCUGUCAAUGGCCGACCACACCAUCCUGCAUCCUCUUUGGUGCGUGACCUCAGCAAGGAUAUGCGUGACCAGACCACCAGCCCAGCACAUGUGUCCAGCUUUGGAUCCCCCCUCCAGCGCUCUGUCACAGUCGAUCUGGUGCCUUUGUCUGACGAGAAUAAACAGCCUCCAGACUGUGCCCUUGGUCCUGCGGCCAUCUUCUCCAACAGUGCAGUGAGUAUCAAUAAUGCUUGUCUCAAUGAAGAGCUUCUAAAGGCAGAGGAAGAGGCAGAAGAAGAUAAGGAAUUGUCUGGGAAAGCAGACAUGGAUGACUGUAUGACAAGAAGUGUGCCCAAUAUUCAUGCUAAUAUUGAUAGUGAAGCCAAAGAGUCCUUCUCUCAGGAGAUCUCAUCUUCAUUUGCAAAUGAAGACUUUGCAAGGAAGAGGGCAGAAUCCGAGCCCUCAAUUCCACAUCUAGUCGAAACUGAACAGACUUGCCCAUCACCACCUUGACCAUGAGUUUGUGCCUUUUUAACUGUUAUUGUACUCUAUAUGAUACUGCACCAGGUUGAGUACUGGACCACACAUAAAGUCUGUUCUUCCAUAGCAACCAAAGUCAUGGGAUUUCACUAAUGGUUUGUAAUUACAUUACCUACUUUAUUUUUCAAAAUCAAGAGGCUUGAUUACAGUUGGUUUAGGAUUAUCUAUUCGUGUAAUUUCAUGUACUAAACUUGAGUGUAAAUGGUCAGGUACUGUAUGUUUGGCUAGAGGAGAAGUAGGAACAAGUCUUUUUUCACAGACAUUGCAUUAUAGAGAGCAACUGAAAUUUUGAUUCAUAAUUUGCAUUCUUCAUACUGUAUAAUCAGAUAUAAAAUCAAAGCUACAUAAGUAAUAGAUGAAACAUCCAGUCUCCUGAAAUCUGAACAUGCAGGUUUCUCAUUUCAUUGCUUUGACAUAUACGUGUUUGCUCAUUCCUGAUUCAUUUGCUUCAUUCUCAUUAAUAUUCCAGUGUUCAGAACUGAAGACCCAUGAGGUAUUCGCUGGCAUUUGAUAGGUAACAGAUUUGUGAGAGACAGAAGCAAUAUGUCAUACAUAUGUAACCUUUAUUCUAACUGCGCUGAAACAGUUUUACGCUCUGUGAAUUCUCUGUAGGUAAUCAUUUGUCUAAAAUUUUCCUAUCCAAAAUGAUCUAAAACAAGGACAUGCUUUAUCUCAACUGCUUCUCAACUUUGCUAUAAAAUAUGCCAUUAGGAAGGUCCAGGAAAACCAGGUGGGACUGAAGUUAAACAGGACACAUCAGCUGUUGGUCUAU